AUGAAGGACGCUCCAUUGUUUGCCGUAGCACGGCAGCACUUUCUUCAGCAUGGGUACGCCAUUCUUCCUGCGGCGGUUGGGGCCUCUGUUGUUGAGCGGCUUCGACCUGCACUGACUGCAUCCACCGUGGCUCGCGCCCGUUAUUUACUAGAGGUUCCCGAUAUUGAGUCGAUGCUAAAAUCCAAGGCAAAACUCUCGGAUCCUCUCUACACAAAAGUAAUGGCGAGGUUGCAACGGCGAAAGUAUAUGCGGCAUCUAUACCACGCAGAAAAACGACAACGGAAACUUCUAACAGAGGUCGCCGCAAAGUUUUUGAAUGGCCGGAAGAAGGAAGACCUUACAGGUGAGGAACUGUGGAAAUUAAGUGAGAUAUUGGCAAGGGAGGUUGUAAAGAUUUCAGGGAAGGGGUGCCAGUCGACGAUUCAGAACGACCCUCAGAUGCUGAGGGCCAUCAACGAGUACCGCUGUAAUGUCUGGAUGACGAAUAAAGAACUAGAAGGCAUCGUGCGAGACUCUUCCUUUUGGGAACCUCUAGGUACUAUUGCCACUAAAGUUGGUGGCGUUGGGAGGCCCGUUUUGUUUGCAGAUGCGCCCAUGUUUCGAGAACCGUACGGAGGUCCCUUUGGGUAUCACUGCACUGCCCCAUCGAUUGGUGUGAAGGCGAACGGCAACCUGCCGACUGCUGUCUCGUUGCUUGUCUUUACUCACCACCCCGACAAGCAGACGAUGCCUAUGUUUGUCUUGAAGGGUUCCCACCGCUUCGUACAGGAGCAGUAUUUGACCCAGGUUUCACCGGGUGAUUUGUCGCUUCCAUUUUUGCCAAUGGAGUCACAUAUUCCAGAGCAGCUUCAGCGGUUUAAGUUUGACGACAGUGUUGUGGGGGGUCCCAUCGAGGGAGGCGACGCAAUUGGUCCCGGCACAGUUGUGGUGUUCCACCCGUGUCUCAUGAUUGGAAUGGGUGCGAAUGCCUCCACGGAGCGUGUGACUGUUUAUAAGUUGAAUUUAGUUGACGAAGACGCGCCGCCUUUUUUAAAAGCUCCCUCUUGGAUCACUGCGUGGCGUUCCUUUCCGCGGGAGGUGAGUUUUGCAUCCCCGGUGGUUUUUCCGCCAUUUUUCGACAAAGGGAUGGCAACCACUAGCACACAAUGA